AUCCAGACCUCCGGCUCCUUAUGGCUGUAUAUGAUGAGAACAUCCAGAAGAAUCAUUUCUACGUGGCGUUGGAGAAGCAGAGGCCGGACCUCUGCAGCCGAGUGGCAGAGCUCCACGGCAUCGUCCUGGUGCCCUGUUGCGGGAGUUUGGCCGUCAGCAGCUUCUCCGACUCUCAGUUCGACAGCUAUGUCCUGCAGCCCGCGGAGGACGGGUACCACACCGCGGAUGGAAAGGAGGUCAGGAUCCAGGACAGGCAGGUCCUGCUGGGGUCCGGCUUCCCGGCCCCGGCGUCGGUCCCCAUCCUGUUUGAGGAGACCUUCUACAACGACCAGGAGCAGAGCUACAGCAUCCUGUGCAUCUCCAGGCCCGUGGAGAUGGAGCCCAGUCCGGCGGAGGUCUGCCCGCCCCCCCCCUACUGCCUGAAGACUGUGGAGGACGUCAAGGACUUCCUGGGCCGCCACGCCCAGAAACUGGACCGGUUCAUCCACGGCUUCUGUCAGACCUUCAAAGAGACGGAGAGGAAGGGACUCCGACACCACAUAGACUCGGUGAACAGUCUUUACACUAAAUGUCUUCAGUGUCUGCUGAGAGACUCUCGUCUGAAACUCCUGGCCAAGCAGGAGCUUCAGAUGACUCUUCUCAAGCAGGCGGUCGAGGUGUACGUUCAUCAUGGUAUCCAUGACUUAAUUUUUAACUUUGUGGGAACGCUUGAAGCCAGCCAGGACGCCGCCUUCAACAAGACCAGCAGGAGUCUGCAGGAGCUGCAGCAGAAGGAUCUGGGAGUCAAACCGGAGUUCAGCAUCAACUUGUCUCGGGCGAAGAGAGAGCUGAGUCAGCUCAACCAGCAGACCUCCCCGCUCCUCAAACUGCUCUGCCUGCGUCGAGUGGCCCUGACCGCGACCCAGACCCCCAGAGGCACCGUCUGUAUAGAGGCUGUGUGUGCCGACGACCUGCUCUCCGUCAUCCUCUACCUGCUGGUGAAGACAGAAAUCCCCAACUGGAUGGCCAACCUGAGCUACAUCAGGAACUUCUGCUUCAGCCGCUUAGGGAAAGACGAGCUCAGCUACUGUCUGAGCACCUUCGAGGCCGCGGUGGAGUACAUCAACCUGGGGAAGCUGCAGGACACACACACUGGAUCGGGGGACCUGAACGACAAGGCCUUGUUCAAAGAGAGGAUGAGUCUGCUGACUCAGAGCACUGCCACGCCCAUCCACUGUCUGUUUGAGGUGAGCUCGGGGAAACUGACCCACCGCUCUGCACGACCAAAAGUGAAUCAGCAGUUUACCAAGCAUGCACAUUAACUAUGUUUGUCGACUUCCUGUCGCAGGCGGCUGAACGACCCGUCCAUCGUCACGCCGUUCUCCAGAGACGACCGAGGUUACACUCCACUUCACGUCGCUGCCAUCUGCGGUCAGGCCAAGCUGAUCGACCUGCUGGUGUGUAAAGGAGCGCCGGUCAACGCCACCGACUACCACGCCCUCACACCGCUGCACCUGGCCUGCCAGAAGGGAUUCCAGGGAGUCACGCUGCUGCUGCUGCACUACAAGGCCAACACGGACGCCCAGGACAACAACAGCAACACACCGCUGCACCUCGCCUGCAUGUACGGACACGAGGACUGUGUGAAGGCGUUGGUGUACUACGACCUCCAAACGUGCCGCCUGGACCUGCACAACGACAAAGGCGACACGGCGCUGCACAUGGCGGCCCGCUGGGGCUACGAGGGGAUCAUCCAGGUGCUGCUGGAGAACGGAGCGAGCACCGACAUCCUCAACAAGAGCAAAGACUCCCCGCUGCAGUGUGCGCUCAACUCAAAGAUCCUGGCGUUGCUGCAGUCGACUCAGAGCGGCCGUCAGCGCAGCCGAGUCCACUCUGCCGGUCGCUCCCCUCGGACGUCGGACUGCAGCAGCAGCCGCCGCUCCUCCGUCUCCAGCACCUCCUCCCUGGGCUCCGAGGCCAAACCAGAGGGAGAACGGGUACGACACAGAGAGGUGGAGAAGCUGCUGCGGGCCGUGGCAGACGGAGACGUGGAGAUGGUGCGUUACCUGUUGGAGUGGAUGGAUGAGGACGAGGAGGACGAAGGGGAGCAGCCGUCGGAGGCCGUGCUCUGCCACCCGCUGUGCCAGUGUCCCAACUGCGCUCCCACUCAGAAGCUGUCCGUCCUGCAGGCCGGAGCGCUCGGGGUCAACAGCUGUAACGUCGAUGGUUUCACGCCGCUCCACGUCGCCGCCCUGCACGGCCACUCUGCGCUGGCCGCCCUGUUCGUCCGCCACGGGGCCAACGUCAACGCACGCAACAACCAGAGCGCCACGCCGCUGCACCUGGCCUGCCAGAACAGCCAUGUCCAGGUGAUGAGGUUUCUGCUUGAGUGCAACGCCAAACUGAACAAGAAGGAUCACUAUGGCAACACGCCUCUGAUACAGGCCUGUCUCUGUGGAAACGUGGAGACAGCCACCACGCUGUUACAGAGUAAUGCGUUGGUGAACGUGGCGAACCUUCAGGGGAACACGGCGCUCCAUGAGGCGGUGCGCGGCGGACACCAGGCGCUGGUGGAGCUGCUGCUGAGGGGCGGAGCCUCACCCGGCCUCAGGAACAAGAGCCAGAGGACGCCCCUGGACUGCGCCUAUGAGCUGGGCGGAAAGGUGGUGCUACACCGUUACAGCUACACCACUACAGCUACACCACUACAGCAACACCACUACAGCAACACCACUACAGCUACACCCACCAAAGCCACACCACUACAGCUACACCACUACAGCUACACCACUACAGCUACACCACUACAGCUACACCCACCAAAGCCACACCACCACAGACCCUCUCGUACGACUUAUUUGGGGUUUUGA